AUGCUAGCAAUUAUCAGAGACAUGCUUCCUUCAUAUCCUCAUUUACGUCUGGUACUUAUGAGUGCUACUAUAGACGCUGAACGGUUUUCACAAUAUUUUGGUGGCUGCCCAAUUAUUAGAGUUCCCGGUUUCACUUAUCCAGUCAAAAGUUUCUACCUGGAGGAUAUCCUUUCUAUCCUAAAAUCAGCAGAAAGUAAUCACCUUAAUUCUGCUUCAACAAGUGACACGAUUGAGGACUCCAAGUUAGUAGAGGAUUACAGAGUUGCCCUCGAUGAAGCUAUUAAUUUGGCUUGGUCAAAUGAUGAGUUUGAUUCUCUCCUUGAGCUGGUCUCUUCUGAAGGGAGUCCUAAAGUACUAAAUUUCCGGCAUUCUUUGACUGGAGUAACACCGUUAAUGGUGUUUGCUGGGAAAGGCAGAGUGAGUGAUAUUUGCAUGCUCCUCUCUCGUGGUGCAGACAUCCACUCACAAGCCAAUGAUGGAACGACUGCACUUGAGUGGGCUGAACGAGAGAAUCAGGGAGAAGCUAAUAAAAUUAUUAAAAAACACAUUGAAAAAACCUUUUUUAACUCUGGGGAAGAAGAAUCGUUCCAAUGUUUACUUGAUGAAUACCUGUCGACUGUCAAUCCUGAAGUAAUUGAUGUUGUCCUUAUAGAGAAGUUACUGAGGAAAAUAUGUAUCGACUCAAAGGAUGGAGCCAUCCUUGUUUUUCUUCCUGGUUGGGAUGAUAUAAAUAGAACACGAGACAGGUUGCUCUCUAGCCCUUUUUUUAACGACUCUUCUAUGUUUGUAAUCUUAUCUCUUCAUUCUUUGGUUCCAUCUGGGGAGCAAAAGAAGGUUUUUAAACGACCCGCUCCAGGUUGCCGCAAAAUUGUUCUUUCAACUAACAUUGCUGAGACUGCUAUCACCAUUGAUGAUGUCAUCUAUGUCAUAGACAGCGGAAGGAUGAAAGAAAAAAGCUAUGACCCUUAUAAUAAUGUAUCAACCCUGCAUUCUUCUUGGAUUUCGAAAGCAAGUGCAAAACAGCGAGAGGGACGUGCUGGGCGCUGCCAGCCUGGAUUCUGUUAUCAUCUUUAUUCAAAGGUUCGGGCAGCUUCAUUGCCAGAUUUCCAAGUACCUGAAAUUAAGAGGAUGCCAAUUGAGGAGCUUUGUCUGCAGGUGAAGCUUCUUGAUCCAAAUUGUAAAAUACAAGAUUUCUUACAAAAGACAUUGGACCCUCCUGUUUUUGAAACCAUACGAAAUGCAAUUAUUAUUCUGCAGGAUAUUGGAGCCUUGUCACUUGAUGAGAAACUCACAGAACUAGGGGAGAAACUAGGUUCUCUACCAGUUCACCCACUAACAAGCAAGAUGCUUUUCCUUGCCAUAUUAUUGAACUGCCUUGAUCCAGCUUUGACAAUAGUUUGUGCCUCUGAUUAUAGAGAUCCAUUUACUCUUCCCAUGUUACCUAAUGAAAAGAAGAGAGCCACGGCUGCUAAAUCUGAGUUGGCUUCAUUGUAUGGUGGGCAUAGUGAUCAACUAGCAGUAGUAGCAGCAUUUGAUUGCUGGAGGAAUGCUAAGAAAAAGGGUCAAGAAGCACGGUUUUGUUCUCAGUACUUUGUGUCUUCAAGCACCAUGAAUAUGCUUUCUAGAUUGCGUAAGCAACUGCAAUCUGAAUUACUUCGGAAUGGGUUUAUUCCAGAAGAUGUAUCUCAUUGUAGUCGGAAUGCACAAGACCCAGGUAUACUUCAUGCAGUGCUUGUUGCUGGUUUGUAUCCGAUGGUGGGGAGAUUGCUUCCACCUCUCAAAAAUGGAAGGCGAUCCAUUGUAGAGACUGCUGGUGGUGAUAAGGUGCUGCUGCACCCUCAUUCAACUAACUUUAAGCUAUCAUUUAAGAAAUCUAACGAUUGCCCUUUGAUCGUAUAUGAUGAGAUAACCCGUGGAGAUGGGGGUUUGCAUAUUAGGAACUGUAGUGUCACUGGGCCGCUUCCAUUGCUAUUAAUAGCAACUGAGAUUGUAGUUGCUCCUGCUAAGGAGAAUGAUGAUGACGAUGAUGAAAGUGACUAUGAAGAUGAUGAUGAUGACAAUAGUGAUGAAGACGAUCCAGAUUUGCAUAUCGAGUCAUGUGAACAGCAUGGAGAGAAGAUUAUGUCAUCUCCUGCCAAUACUGUUAAGGUGUUCAUUGAUAGGUGGCUUUCUUUUGAGUCAACAGCACUUGAUGUUGCUCAAAUCUAUUGCCUAAGAGAGAGACUAUCUGCGGCCGUAUUGUUUAAGGUGAAUCAUCCACGGAAAGUUCUUCCUCAACUUCUUAGUGCCUCCAUAAGUGCAAUAGCCUGUAUUCUAUCUUAUGACGGGCUGUUGGGGAUUACAUCGCCUCUGGAAUCGGUUGAUUCACUUGCGUCAAUGGUGAGUGCAACUGAAAUUGGACGGCCAGAUCCUGGAAGCAGGAAAGGGAUGGCUCAGAAUCCAAACAGUUUUCUUAAAUCACUUAUUUUCCAUGGUACAUGUUGUAAACCUGAUUCAAAUUAUCACAAAGGUAGGACAGCUAUAGGUACUAGCUUGGCAACUUGGAAUGAUCAAUCAAAACAUCAUGUCCAACCUCCUUACGCUUCAGCAAGCAUGAACAUAUAUCAAGGGUCCACAUCACCUGUUGCCUAUGUAGCUGGGAAUGGAUUGGACAUGUCUGGACUGGUCAGUCCGAGGGGGGAUUCUUCAAAGCGCCCUCGUGGUGACAGAUCUUGACAAACAGAAUCAAACUGGUCUUUCAUAUGAAAACAGGAAAAUGGAUGCAACCCCAAGUAUCUGGGAUUAUGGCUUUGAGUUGAGUUUAGCCGGUUUGUUGAUGUUGGUAUUGCUGCAUCUAAGUUUUGGUAGUAAAAAAAUUCUCUCCAUGUCGAUGUCAUGUGUGGGCGCAGUAGAUCUGCAAACCUUGUGAGACAAUUAUGGAUUGCCAAUACCUAUGAGCAAGCGUGAUAGAAAUAAUCAACACAAUAAUACAAUUCGUCCGGACUGUACUAUAAACUAGGUUGGUUGGCAUGAUUUCUAGAGUAAAAUUGCCAGGCAUUACUGAUGGACAAAUGUGGCUCAUGGAUAUCUAGUUUGCUGCUGAAUUUUCGUGUGGACAUCAUCUUAAUUCCUCGCACUGACGAGAGUAGGAGGAUCGAACACAUGCACCUGUGUGCUAUUUAUUGUAGGAUAAUUGUAUUUUGACCCUAUCAGCUAUGCCCCUUGUCUUACAUUGUCUCCUCAACUAUUGUAUCCUACCCUAUUAAUCAAAAGUGUUUCUCAAAGUUAAGAAAACAUGAGUCAUGUU